UUUAAACCAGAUUACAUAGCCAGACUAUAAACACUAGAUUAACAGGGAAGAGUGCAGCCAAAACCUGCAGUGUUUUGUCGGUUUUUGUUUCCGUUUAAACCAACCAUGAGCUCAUACAGGUCAGGGAAAAUACUGCGGGCAGUUUUGCUCUGUCUGGCACUGCUGGCGCUCCUGGUAAGAUGUGAAAGUGCGUCAGCUGUCAGCGAGCCGGCGGCUCCACCAGAGGUAUCCCAGCACACUGGCACUAUGUACGCAGCGUGCAAAAUGAGACCGAGCACAACGCUGCCUGACGAUCUGCCAAAAGUCUAUGGCCAAGUGCUGUUUAAACAAGAAUAUCCCCAUGGAGGCCUGAAGGUCCUACUGCGUGUCAGCGGCUUCCCCAGAGACAGCCCGGAGCUCAGGGCGGUUCACAUCCAUCAGUAUGGAGACCUCAGCCAGGGCUGCGACUCCACCGGCGGCCACUACAACCCACACAACGUGAAUCACCCCAACCACCCCGGGGACUUUGGCAACUUCAUGCCCCAGCAGGGAAGAAUCAAUGAAGUGAUCGACUCCGAGGCAACUCUGUUCGGGGGGCUGUCUGUCAUCGGAAGAGCAGUGGUUGUCCACGAAAAGAUGGAUGACUUGGGACGUGGUGGUGAUGCCGGGAGUCUGCUCCAUGGGAAUGCAGGCCGGAGACUCGGCUGUUGUGUCAUUGGGAUUUCUUCCCCCAAACUCUGGGAUAUGUACAGAAAUGGACAGCGGAGAAGAGGCUAGCACAGCUGCAUGGAGCAUAAAGCUUCCACACAACAGUUUGAGUUUCCCAGAGAAAUGCCUUUGCUGAGGUUGUAGAUUGGAAGCCUAACAACCUGUGCAUUGUAUUCCUCAUCUGAUAUGAAUAAAUAACAUUGCCUCAGUCAGUCACCAUUGUCUAAUACUCCUUAAGUGAAUGUGUGGUUUGAUAGCUGCCUGUCAGCUUCUAAAUGAAAGAGCUCCUCCAAAGCACUAAGAAUACAAUUUGUCCAUAACUAUUACUCUGAAUUAAAAGCUACAGCAGAUGAGCUUUACCUUUCUGUCAGCAAUCACAACAUAUAAAACACCUCCUACAUUGGACAGGUGCUAUCUCAUUUUGGGUUUUUGGUUUUGAAGCAGAAUUUUAACAAUCACAGCAAACCAUUCAUUGAAAAGUAUUUUUUUUUU